GCCUCGACGACUGCGACGGAAACCGACUCAGAGUGUAGACCCAUCCCGACUUCGCGCGACCCUCGGUGUUACCGGACGCGCGGUUGACGAAGAGCUCGAUUCGGACUGUCUAGAACAAGUCUACUGGCGCAGAGGUCCCCCACGCUCCUCUGUUCUCUCCGCCUCCUUGUACUGCCUCUAACAUCGCUUCGAACGUGCUAUAAAGUCGGGAGAAGUAGACUCGGACUUUCAAACGCUCUGUAAAACGCCUCACGUAUCGAUGGCUGGCCUAAGCAAAGAUCUCCCUCCACUUCCACAGGCAUCACCAGACGAGGACGUGUCCAAUCGUCCUGGCUUAUUCAAACGAGUUACUACGAAGCUCCGUUCGCCGUCCCAAUCAUGGGCACACCCCUCUAGUCCAGCACAUGCGCAGUCCCCUUUCGAGGACAUCCCAGAAGAACCUAACCAGAAGCACAAGCGCAAGUUCUCGCUCCGCAUGCCCUCGCUCCCUGCGCCGCAAACUGUGGUCAAGCCGGCUGCGACGCUCGAAAACUCCUGGACGUCUCCUGAGAAACGCGAAGCUGCCCUACGCGCGUGCGGGCUCGUCCCCGCACAGCCCAAGCCGCUCCGCGACGCACACGGCUAUAAGUUGCCGUUGAGCGAACAGGAAGAGCGGCUCGACCGCGAUUGGGCGCUUCUACCCCCAGAUGGGUCUAGGAUGACCGCAGAGGGCGAGAGCGAAGCAGAGAGGAUCAAGGAGGCGUGGCUCAAGAGGAAUGCAGAGGCUUCCGCGCCAUCUGCGCGGCCCCAAAGCCCGCCGAAAACUCCCCCACGGACCCGCCAGUCGCCGCCGCCACUCCCCGCGGGCGCUGCGCCCCCGCAACGUAGCGCCAGCUCCCCUGAGCGCAAAGAGACCAUGCGCCCCGAGUUCCACAGGGACCCGAACGUAGCCAAGCUCAUGCAGGCCAUGCAAGGCUACAAGCCAGAGAAUUACCGCCCUCCGCCCAAGCGGAAACCGACCAUGCCAAACUCUGCGCAACGCUACGAGUCGGAUUCUGACUCUAAUACAGAUUCGGAUUGAAGAGAUCAUAAGACCUAUAGAUUCCCCUGAACUGGCUGGCUAUAUGUGCUCUGUCUCGACGAGACGUUAUGGCGAGCCAUGCGCGGCACUUGCACUCCCCUUCCCAACGAUCGUGACGACGUUCUACCACCAGCACCUCGUAAUCUCGUUUUACAUUGUUUCUUUGCGCCGCUUUCUGGUCAUCGCUUUCUCCUUCCAUCGCACAUCCGUACAUGUUCUUCUUGCUCUAUCGCAAUAAUCAAUCAACAUAUCUGUGCAACUUCUACUCGCCUUGUAGUAACUGUACUCUCCGUGAUCAUUUAUCGCUCUUGUUUGUACUAUAGUAGCAAAUCUCACAAUGCUUAUCAGUUCGUUACUUCGU